ACGGUGGCGGGGAGCGCGCGCGCCCGCCCUCCCUCCAGUAAAGCCAGCGCCUAUCGCGGCCGCCGCCGCUUCUCCUCCUCCAGCCUGGGAGCGUAAUCAACGGCCGCGCCUGCAGCUCCCCGCCUCUCCCCCUCCCACCAUUAUCCUCCCUCCCGGCGCGCGCCCCCUCUCACCCCCCGCCCGCUCGGCGAGAAAGCGAGACAGCGCUGCCCGCUCCCCGCCGCGCCGAUCCCCUCCAUGGAGCUGGCGCCGCCCCGCUAAGCCGGAGCUGCCCGCCUGCCCGCUGCCGCUGGGGAGUAGCCGGCUGAGAAGGGGAGGGAGGGAGGGGGGUGGGGGGCGGAGGAAGGUGGGGUCGCGGAGUGUGUGACACGCGCGGGGAGCGGCGGCGGCGGCUGCGGGCCGCGGGAGGAGGAGCGGGGAGUCCCGGCGCGGCCGCGGGAGCCCCCCAGGGCGGGCGGCGGGAGCUGCCGUAGCGGCUGGGAUUUACCGUGGUGGUGGCGGUUGGCGCUGACCGGCGGGGGAGCGCGCCGCGCGGCGGGGACCGUGCCCGCGGCCCCCCCUCCCCCCUCCCUCGCCCCUUUCCCUCCUCCUUCCCUCCCCCCUGCUCCCCCUCCCAGGGGCCGCCGCCUCUCGGGCUGAUCCCCCCCGCCCGGACCAUGGCCGACGACGACGUGCUGUUCGAGGACGUGUACGAGCUCUGCGAGGUGAUCGGCAAGGGUCCAUUCAGUGUUGUGCGGCGAUGUAUCAACAGGGAAACAGGGCAACAGUUUGCUGUAAAGAUUGUCGAUGUAGCAAAAUUCACUUCAAGUCCUGGAUUAAGCACAGAAGAUCUGAAGAGAGAAGCCAGUAUUUGUCAUAUGCUGAAGCAUCCUCAUAUUGUUGAACUAUUGGAGACGUACAGCUCAGAUGGAAUGCUUUAUAUGGUCUUUGAGUUUAUGGAUGGAGCAGAUCUGUGUUUUGAAAUUGUGAAGAGAGCAGAUGCUGGAUUUGUGUACAGUGAGGCUGUAGCCAGUCAUUACAUGAGACAGAUAUUGGAAGCUCUACGUUACUGUCAUGAUAAUAAUAUAAUUCACAGGGAUGUGAAGCCACACUGUGUACUGCUUGCCUCAAAAGAGAAUUCAGCCCCAGUGAAGCUUGGUGGCUUCGGGGUAGCAAUUCAGUUAGGAGAGUCUGGGCUAGUUGCUGGAGGACGUGUAGGAACACCUCAUUUUAUGGCCCCAGAAGUGGUAAAAAGGGAACCUUAUGGGAAGCCUGUAGAUGUUUGGGGUUGUGGCGUGAUCCUUUUUAUCCUGCUAAGUGGUUGUUUGCCUUUUUAUGGAACCAAGGAAAGAUUAUUUGAAGGCAUUAUUAAAGGAAAAUACAAGAUGAAUCCUAGGCAAUGGAGCCAUAUUUCUGAAAGUGCCAAAGAUCUGGUACGCCGCAUGCUUAUGCUGGAUCCAGCAGAAAGGAUAACAGUAUAUGAAGCAUUGAAUCAUCCCUGGUUAAAGGAGAGAGAUCGCUAUGCAUACAAGAUUCAUCUUCCAGAAACAGUAGAACAAUUGAGAAAAUUCAAUGCAAGACGAAAACUAAAGGGGGCAGUACUAGCAGCUGUGUCAAGCCACAAAUUCAACUCCUUCUAUGGUGACCCCCCUGAAGAGCUGCCAGACUUCUCUGAAGACCCCACCUCCUCAGGACUUCUAGCAGCAGAAAGAGCAGUCUCACAGGUGCUGGACAGCCUGGAAGAAAUUCAUGCACUUACGGACUGCAGUGAAAAAGACUUAGAUUUUCUUCACAGUGUUUUCCAGGAUCAGCAUCUUCACACGCUACUAGAUCUUUAUGAUAAAAUAAACACAAAAUCUUCACCACAAAUCAGGAAUCCUCCAAGUGACGCUGUACAGAGAGCCAAAGAGGUAUUGGAAGAAAUUUCAUGUUACCCAGAGAACAAUGAUGCAAAAGAGCUAAAGCGUAUUUUAACACAACCUCAUUUCAUGGCCUUACUUCAAACUCAUGAUGUAGUGGCACAUGAAGUUUACAGUGAUGAAGCGCUGAGAGUUACACCUCCUCCCACCUCUCCAUACCUAAACGGGGAUUCUCCAGAAAGCGCCAACGGUGAUAUGGAUAUGGAGAAUGUAACACGAGUUCGACUGGUGCAGUUCCAGAAGAACACAGAUGAACCAAUGGGAAUCACUUUAAAAAUGAAUGAGCUGAACCAUUGCAUUGUGGCAAGGAUUAUGCAUGGAGGAAUGAUUCACCGGCAAGGUACACUCCAUGUAGGGGAUGAGAUCCGAGAAAUAAACGGAAUCAGUGUGGCAAAUCAAACUGUAGAACAACUACAAAAAAUGCUUAGGGAAAUGCGUGGAAGUAUUACCUUUAAGAUUGUGCCAAGUUAUCGCACGCAAUCUUCAUCCUGUGAGAGAGAUUCCCCCUCUACAUCCAGACAGUCCCCAGCUAAUGGUCAUAGCAGCACUAACAAUUCUGUUUCGGACUUGCCAUCGACAACACAACCAAAAGGACGACAGAUAUAUGUAAGAGCACAAUUUGAAUAUGAUCCAGCAAAGGAUGACCUCAUUCCUUGCAAAGAAGCUGGCAUCAGAUUCCGAGUUGGCGAUAUUAUCCAAAUCAUUAGCAAAGAUGAUCAUAACUGGUGGCAGGGUAAACUUGAAAACUCAAAAAAUGGUACUGCAGGUCUUAUUCCUUCUCCUGAGCUUCAAGAAUGGCGAGUUGCUUGUAUUGCCAUGGAGAAGACCAAACAGGAGCAACAGGCCAGCUGUACUUGGUUUGGAAAGAAAAAAAAGCAGUACAAAGACAAAUAUUUGGCAAAGCACAAUGCAGUGUUUGAUCAAUUAGAUCUCGUCACAUACGAAGAAGUAGUAAAACUGCCAGCAUUCAAAAGGAAAACGCUAGUCUUACUAGGUGCACAUGGUGUUGGAAGAAGACACAUAAAAAACACACUCAUCACAAAACACCCGGACAGAUUUGCUUACCCCAUUCCUCAUACAACCCGACCUCCAAAGAAAGAUGAAGAAAACGGGAAAAAUUACUACUUUGUAUCACAUGACCAAAUGAUGCAGGAUAUAUCAAACAAUGAAUAUUUGGAAUAUGGCAGCCAUGAGGAUGCAAUGUAUGGGACAAAACUGGAAACAAUACGAAAGAUCCAUGAGCAGGGACUAAUCGCAAUACUUGAUGUAGAACCUCAGGCAUUGAAGGUCCUGAGAACUGCAGAGUUUGCUCCUUUCGUUGUUUUUAUUGCUGCACCUACGAUUACCCCAGGCAUUAAUGAGGAUGAAUCUCUUCAGCGCCUGCAGAAGGAGUCUGAAAUCUUACAGAGAACAUAUGCACACUACUUUGACCUAACAAUUAUCAACAAUGAAAUUGAUGAAACUAUCAGGCACCUGGAGGAAGCCAUCGAGCUUGUGUGUACAGCCUCACAGUGGGUCCCAGUCUCCUGGGUUUACUAGACCAGUCAUGAGAGAAUUGAAAAGAAAAAAUUUGUCAUUACUGGGAACCACCUCAUACAUGGAAAACCUCUUCGUUAUUGACCUUAUGUCAACAGGUCUUGGCCCCUAGAGACUACCUAGAUGUAGUGUGACCUAAAAUAUAAUUAUUGUCAUGUCCGAAUAGAUAGGAGGAGGGGGAAAAAAAUCAAACACUAAUUUAAAGAGACAGUAUCUUUUUUUUAAUCAUUUCUCCUAAACUUUAAUAAAAUGUAUCUUUAAAUAUAUGUAUUAUUCAGUCCUUUGGAAUGUUAUAUUUUUGGAAAUCAUAGCUUUUUAUUUCAAGGGCCCCUAAAAACUGCACAAAAUAGAUGCUGCUUUCUAUAAUCUAUUUUAAUAGUAAUAAUAAUAUGAUUCUGUUACCUUAACUUGGGGGUGGAACACUACAUUCUUUUUAGAGUCUGAUUUUAUGGAUUGGAAUACUUUGCUUUCCUUUAUUUAUUUGAAGUAAUUAGUCUAGUGGUUACGAAACAAAUUCAUAAAUUUUAAAGGCCUUUUUUCACGCUUUUUUUUUUCCUAGGAUAGCAUUUUUAAGUACUUUUGUGUAACAUCCAGAUAAUGUGAUACUGUCUCUUUGAAGAACUCUGUAAAACUUUUAGAAAUUUGAAAUUGGGUCUUGACUCUUAAUGCAUGUGGACAGUCGCAAGCGUUCAUGCCGUUGGUGUAUCUGUGUUGAUAAAACCUGUAAUCUACAGCAAAGUACAUUCCGUUCAUGGGAACACGUACCCAAGGGAAUAAAGUAAAAUAUUAUUCUGACUAAGUUGUAAACCUAUGCACAUCCCUUGCAUUUUGGGCAACUUUAUAAAAAAAAAAGAAAAAAAAAACAAAACUGAUUUUUAUUAAUAAUAAUCAUGUAGUGAAAUGUGUUUGUAAUUUUGUCUCAAUUUAAUUUGUUGUAAGGUGGGAGGGGGCAAUUACUGGUUUCACCAUUUCAGAUCCGUGUUGUCUGAGAGUAUUAACGUUUUAAUUAAGUUUAAGCAAAGAAAUGCUGAUUUUUAAUAUGUAUGUAAUUGUUUAAAAAUGCACACAUUUUAAAAGAAAAUACUGUGCAAUGAAGAAACCAGUUUAGGCAUUGCGAUAAACUGACUAUUCCAAAAGACUCAUCUACAACAGCCCUGUAAAUUCCUUUAAAAAUGGUAAUUGACUCUACAGUCUGACCAAUUUUUUUUAUUUUAAAUAUACUUCCUUUUAUGUGUUCAACAAUUAAAUGCUUUUGGGUCCUUCAUUUCAUUGCAGGGAGUUUCAAGAACAAAUCAGCGGCUCGUGCAGUAAGGUUUCUUACAGUCUGUUAAGGGAAGGCCCUUGGAAAGGCAUAGCCUGUAGCGUGUUCCAGGGGCUCUGCUCCACCUGUACAAGCACAAGUUAAACUAAUUUAGAAUUAGAGCAGAGCCAAGUAAGAAAAUUUAACCAUGUGCUGACCUGGUGUUUUGUUUCCCUUCUUCAUGUGCUUACUGGCCCAGGUGGUUUGCAUUUUUUUCUGAAAAUGGAUACAGGAGCAAGCAUUGCCACCUCUUUUUUAGGUGUCAGAAAUGCAGUGUUCCUUCAAAUGAUUUAUCUUCAAGGCUCGGUUGGUGUGCUGUUGUGUAGUAUGAAGUUUAGUGCUUAUAUUGAAAUGAUACAGUGUUCUCAAAGGAUUUAUCCUCAGAGUUGAACUGUCAGCUGUAACUGAUCUGUGGGCUGCUCCAGUUGUUUGGCACUGCUGCACAUGUAAUCAGAAAAAGUUCUCACAGUUGAACCUUUAUAAUAGGGUUAAUUAUCUGAAACUGAACAUGAGCUGGCAGCGGGCACUCACAGCCCAGAAAGCCAACCGCAUCCUGGGCUGCAUCAAAAGAAGCGUGACCAGCAGGUCAAAGGAGGUGAUCCUGCCCCUCUACUCUGCUCUCGUGAGACCCCAUUUGCAGUACUGUGUGCAGUUCUGGUGUCCUCAACAUAAAAAGGACAUGGAGCUGUUAGAGCAAGUCCAGAGGAGGACCAUAAGGAUGAUAAGAGGGCUGGAGCACCUCCCGUAUGAAGACAGGCUGAGAAAGUUGGGGCUGUUCAGCCUGGAGAAGAGAAGGCUGCUUGGAGACCCCACAGUAGCCUUCCAGUACCUGAAGGGAGCCUACAAGGAUGCUGGAGAAGGACUCUUCAUUAGGGACUGUAGUGAUAGGACAAGGAGCAAUGGGUUUAAACUUGAAGAGGGUAAGUUCAGGUUAGAUAUAAGGAAAAAGUUCUCUAUUGUGAGAGUGGUGAGGCACUGGAACAGGUUGCCCAAAGAAGUGGUGAAUGCUCCAUCCCUGGCAGUGUUCAAGGCCAGGCUGGACAGAGCCUUGGGCAACAUGGUCUAGUGUGAGGCAUCCCUGCCCAUGGCAGGGGGGUUGGAACCAGACGAUCUUAAGGUCCUUUCAAACCCAAACCAUUCUAUGAUUCUAUCAUCAUAUAGCACAUAGGUUGCUAAUCUUCUGCCUACUCCUACUGCAGGUUGGGUGGUCAAAUCUCUGUUCUUGCAAAAUCCUUAGGCAAAGUCUAGGUCCAGCUAAGCCUCCUAGCCAGCGAGGUCAGGCAAGGUGUUUAUCUUGUGCAGCACCCAUAGUUCAGCUUGCAGCCUGCAGCGCAGAAGGGAAGUUGGUCCAUCACUUUACCCCACCUGACUGCAUCUCAAAGCAAGUACUGUAACCAGGUCCUUGAGUUUGUGGUUUGUGAAGUGCUGGAAACUAAUUGAUGAGAAACAAUCUGUGUGAGCCUUGUGUAAGCAAGCCAGCAUGUAACAGGGAACCUAUGGGAGUAAUACUAGCUGCUUGCGUGUUCUGAAUUUAGCCCCUGAAAAAAGGGGAUAGGUGCAAACUGUGAACUAUUUAGUGAGCAAGAGGUACUUCUUCAAGUAGUUGUGUCAUGUCACUCUAGUCCUGGACGAACCUUAUUGGGUGUUCCUGUAGAUCAGCUGUUACAAUAGGAGUAUCACAUGCUAGCUGAGCUCAUCGAAGUGACAGAUUCAUUCAUUCUCAAAACUACCUCUUUUCCCAGUAAAGCACAAAGGUGGGACAACCUACUACUGAAAAUCAAGCAGUGGAGUGUUUCUGAUGUUAGAAAUACAAACUUCUUCUCUGGUAAGCAUUGGUAUAUGACUUCAAUGACACCUUCUUCUUCUGAAAUGUUUAUGACAUUAAACAGGUAAAUAAUUUUUAUAAUUGGGGUAUAGUCCACCAUAAAUGUUUUGACUACACACUUUUGACUCUGUCAAAGUGAAUUUCUUGGAGUUUCUGUGUACCCAUCCUAUAAGAAAGAAAACUCAUAAUUCCCAUGAGGGUGCUUCUGCCUUAUGUAGAUGACAAUAAGUAGUGAUACAAUGUAACUAAUACGCUUUUCUUCUCUUAAGUGGAGCUACCAUUCAGUUAAUAUUACACAGUAGAAAGACUAACUUGGAGAGCUCUGUUUCUUUUAUUCCCAUGUAUAGCCUUUUAUCAAGGGACAAAAACUGUAAAGCACAUCAGUUAGCAUACUGUCCUGCCUCCUCUUUACCAUAGACUGUUUUCCUUGUGGGAACCUUCAGUAGCAAAAGAUUAACUUGGAACCCCCACUACGCUUUAACUGCGGCUUAACCAGGCAGCCCAGUGAGCUCUGUGAACUGGUUUCAGCACAGUCCCAGGAAAGCACAGAGCAACUCCAGGGACGACUCAGUCUGCCCGAUGAACGCCUUCUCUCCCUCCUGCCUUGCCCAAACCCUUCUGAUGCAUCUCUGGUUUUUGUGUGGUGUGUAGAGGGCAAAAGGCUGCCAUAAAUUCUGCUGGAAGCUUCACUUGCAUAGGGAAGACUCAUGCAGGUGCAGAGCUAUUGUUAUGAUAUUUAAUUUUUUUCCAAUCCCCAACUGGAGAAGGGUCCUCCUAGUAUUGUAAAUAUCACUGCAUAAUUUAGAGCAUCUCUUGGACUUCUCUAAAUUCAUGCUGAAAUGUGACCUCAGAAGCAGCCCUGGGAUUGGGAAGAAACAAAUAUUUCUGUUUGCCCGUUUUAUACUUUAUUUUUGUACAGGGGUUCAUAGAUUUGUAAAGAAAACUUGGUCUUAUCGGUAUGCUGCCUCAGUCUGACUGAUGCCUGUGAUUUCGAGGUGUUAAAGUUAGUCCAAUAAAUGUUCAUCAACCUCUGCUUCCAUUUUCUUAA